CCCUGACGCGGUGGAAAUUACCCACACCUCCGAUCCUCAACCACCGCGCAUCCCAGCUUUCCCCGGAUUCCCCAAUCUCCAAUCUACAAUCUACAAUCCAAGACCUAGUCACCUUCCAGCCCUCCCUCAAUCAAGCUGUGCAGGCCAAUCCUACAUUGAGCCGGUCCCGAGGCGGCCCCAUAUGACUCCCUUGCAAUCGCCAUCGCCAUGAUGCCCGACAAUGCAUCCAUAGUCUCCUCGAACCCCGCCCGCUCCGUCUUUCCCAAGGGCCCCAGCUUCACACUCGAGGAUUUCUCCAGCCGGGACUUCAUCGUCAAGGAAUUCAUCGAGGCCCUCUCCGACACCGCCAUCUCCCACCGCCGCUCUGCCGCAGGAACCGGCGCCCCGAAUCAGCCCUUCGAUCCCAAACCCCUCAUCCGCACCUUUGAACAUGCCCAGAACCGCCUGGGGGAGCUCUCCGGAGAUCUGGAGAUUCGCGAGAACGAGUUGUCAGCUGCAGUCAGGCGCGCAGAAGCGCAGCAUUCUCAGAAUCUGACCACGCUCGGCCGGAAGCUUCGUCAGACGAUCGAGUCGUUCCAGCAGCUAGACACGUCGCUGAAUGGCGCGGGAUUGGAAAAUGCCGGAGGAACGGGGAAUAUGGCAGUGGAAACCGGUCGGCGACUGGAGGAGCUGGAUCGGCAGCGCCGCCGAGCUCUGGAUGCGCACUUCUUGCUAGAGUGCUGGGACGGGGUAUGCAAUCGUGGCGAGAUUUCGCUGUUGGAGAACCUGCGACGGUCAGGCACGGCGGAGGCCAAGGUUCGCUCCGCGCAUAUUGCGCGCCAGCUGCUGCGCAUCAGUCAACGGCUUGAUCCGCAGAGCUGGCAGCAAUCAUCCAAGCCAAGCAAUGGCAACUACGGGGGCAAUGCGUCCUCAUCGGAAGACUUGAGUACUGGGAAUAACACGCCGCGGCGGAAUACACGGGAGAUUAUUGAGAAAUUCUCGGAGACGUUGGAGAAGGACCUGCUGAAACAAUUUGAUGAUUUCUAUCGCAAGGCUAAUUUCGAGGGAAUGAAGGAUUGCGCUACGGUGUUGCAGGAUUUCAAUGGCGGUUCUAGUGUGAUUGCGCUGUUUGUGAACCAGCACCAGUUCUUCAUUGACCGGAGUCAAUUGGUUACGGAGGAAGUGGGAGGUGAUGCCGAGUCGUGGGAGAAGAUGGCCGAUCCCGAUGCAGAGCUACCCGGCGUUGAACCGAGCCUGCAGUCCUUGCUGGAUGAGGUCAAAGUCGUUGUGCAAGAGGAGUCUGCAAUUAUUCGACGAGCUUUUCCUUACUACGAGCAAGUGUUGGGCAAGUUCCUGCAGCGAGUAUGUCAACAAUCUGUCCAGCAGCGACUGGAGAUGGUCCUGGACAAAGCUAGUGGGGUCUCGUCAUUAGCAUUCCUCCGGUGUCUACAGAGCUCCCGGGGCUAUAUCAGUACCCUGAUUGACGACUUGAAGGCACACGGCCUCACUGAGCAUCCGGAACCUAUUUCUUCUCAGACAGCACUGCUGCUGGACCACCAAUUAGAAGAGCUCUUCGUGCCCUACUUUGUCGGGUCCUCCUAUAUUGAACGAGAGAAGCGUACGUUGGAAGAGCUUUUCCACGCAGUUCUCUUCAAAUUCACAUCUUACCAUGCUCGCCGGAAGAAGGCUGCUACUACGUUCAUGGCGUCCCUCGCCCGGCCUGGGACUACGGAGCUGCUGUCUACCACUCGCGAUGCGUUUAUCAGCCGACUAGACUCGCCAGAGAUGUCCCCCAUCCAGCGCCGUAUGCUCCUCCAAGUAGCCAAAGUCGGCGACGUUCCCGAGACUCAGCGACUGACGGAGAUUCGAAUCACCGAGGAAGAUGGUCAACCCAACCUUGGCGAUGCGAAACGCAUGCUCAAGUGGCUGGCAGAAGCCGUGGGCCGUGGACUCGAGCUGAGUGUCAAUACGGAUACUCAUAAGGAUGUGUCCGCACUAUUGACUCUAUUGCUGGCCACCAUGGGCGAUGGAUACGUGGACGUCUGCCUCGACGCUGCCUUGGAGGCGGCCACCGCACAAGAGUCUGGCAAGAAUGAACCCGACUUUGGAUACCUCAUGUCCGUGCGAACGACGAUCAGCAUCACCACUCUGAUGGUGAUGUGUGUCAAUGCGGUAUUGUUGCCCCUGGCUGCGGCCAGUAUCACGACUCGACGAGAUAUGGAAAAACGGACGGCCCAGACCACUUCCCGUAUUGAGGAGAAGAUCAACACGAUAGAGCAGAAGACGAUCGAUGCCACUUUGGCAUGGGUCAGUCGGUUGCUAUCUGGCCAGAAAAAGAACGAUUUCCGACCUCGAGAAAGCGAUAGUGCGGCAUGGUUGGAGAUGUUGCAGACACCGACUUGCGCCUCGAUCUGCACGUUCCUCACCCGUCUGCACAACAUUGCGCGCACCUCUCUCCCCUCGAGCGGAUCGAACGUUCGUCAAGUUCUCACGGAGAUUGCGCUUGGCACGCGCAGUCUGCUGCUGGAGCACUUCAAACGAUUUACCGUCAACAGUCACGGUGGACUGAUGGUGACCAAGGACAUGACGCAGUAUACCGACCUAUUCAAGUCGUGGGACAUUGACGACGAGACCAAGGGUCCCGGUGGCGCGCUGGACGUGCUCCUUGAAGUUGGCAGUCUGUUCGUCAUCGGCGUCGAGGCGCUGCGCGAACGGAUCCGUGGUGGUGCGGCGAGCGGGGCCACGGGGGGCUCGGCUGGACCUGGUCGAAGUCCCGGUGGACAGAUCGAGGCUAAAUUGAGUGUGCAAGAAGUGCGGGCGUACGUGUCGCGUCGCGAGGACUCGAAUACCCUGGCGGUGCAGCAGGUUCUGAAUGCCUUGUAGCGAGCGGGAGAAAGAAAGCCCCAUGGGGAAGGGAGACAGACUCCUGGGUUCGGAGGGAAGACUCCGGCUUGUGUCCAGUGGGUGCUCGCUAGGAUUGCCCUUUGCCAUCGAGUCGAGCCCGUUUCCCAGGGACGUGUCAUAUUGUCUCAAUUUUUCGAUAUCAUCCUCGUUUGUGCCAGUCUUGUGUUUAUUUCUCGCUCCGAUUAAUCCAGUGGUAGAGCUUCGUUUGGUGUCGGGCAUUCUUUGGCUUGCAUGGCUUUGCUUAGUGGUGCUGUGUACGGAGUAUUGUACUACUGGUUUUACUUUUCUUUUUUCCGAUUCCCUCGGUCGACAACGAUAUUGUGUAUCCUCUAGAGAUCUCUGGUUUUAGAACCAUUGUGUUUCCUUUUUUUUCCCUUCAUUUUUCCAUGUUCAGCGUCCUCUCCCCUGGUCCCCCCUCCCUGGAGACCUGACGGUUGACUAGCCGUCGUCCUUAAGGGGGGCCGGUUAUCGAUUUGGCGGCGUAGAAUGACCGAUCCCAUUUGACAGUUUCUGACGCGCAUUGCACUAGAGUGACCUAAUCGAGUCUCGCGUGGGAAAAGCGUAA